AUGUUAAUUAGAAAAUAGUUACUCUAGUAAAUAAAAGAUCAAGAAGUUGUUGAUUAUAAUCCUAAACAUAGAAUUAGCUAAACUUUAUAGUAUAAGAAUAGUGAAUCAAUAUAGGAAGAGGAAGAACAUUCUUCUUUGUCAUAGAUUUGUUAUUUAAAGCCGGUCUUUUUAUAAACAUGUCCUUAAUAACCAAUAGAUAAUUAGAGUAGUGAUGAUUAUAAGGUUCCCACAAUAACAAAUAUUGCUUCUCAUAAGAGUUCUGAUUUAUUGCAUUAAAAAUCAGAUUCAAAGAAAUUAGUUUUAAUAUCGAAUGAUAGUUCACUUAUUUCUUCCUCAUCUCUAUUUUAAUCUCAUUUACUUUCUGAUCAUAAUAGAAAGCAUACAUAGGGAAGAGUAAAGAUAAUAGUAAAUGAGAUAAAAUAAAAGUUAUUGAAUUCUAUACAUUAUUCAAAAUACAACGAUCCAUUAGUAACAUAGGAAUAAAAUGAUGGUAUUAUAUUUAAAUAAUUUUAGUUUCUCCAUUGAAAUAUUAUUAUUUCACAAUGUAUGUAUUUUUAUCUGUUAUCAUUUCUAAUUUACUUUCAGUUAUUUUAAUACCUUUAAUAAUUUUAUUUGAAGGACCUAGGAUUAUUCAGUAAAUAAUCUUUGGAAUAAAGAUUUUGACACUUUUAUAAGAUAUAUAUUAUUUAAGGGGACCAUAUAAAUUAAUAAGAGGAAAAUUAAUUAGCAAUUUUAAGAAUUGGAAUAAAUUAUAUUUAGAUAUAUUUAGAUUAAUAGUGAUUAUUUUGAUAAUAUUUUUGGAAUUUGAUAUGGAUAUAAUUUUGAUAAUUUUAAUAUCUUUACUUAUUGUUUUAGAUUUAAUUAGAAGUUGGGAAUCUUUUGAAAAUGUUUAUAAAUCAACACAUUAUAUGAUAUUCAUUAUAUAAUUAUGGAUUUCAAUCAUAAUAUUAUGCACUUGUUUUUUAAAAAGUAUAUGUAUAAGUAUAUUAAGAGUGUUUAAUGAUGAAGAAUAUUCUCUAAGAUUUUAUAUAAUGUAUUCAAUAUCUUUGAUCACUUAAAAUUCAAAUAUUUGUAAUAACUGAUAAAUAUAAUUUGAGCUAUGGAAAUUAAUGAAUAAAAUUCUAUAAUAGUUUCAGCCUUUAUGUUGAUCUCUUAUUUAUGUUAUGUUUAUACAUUCAUACUACUAUUUGUUUGGAUCAAACCUGAAUUAGAGAUUCAAGAAGAGAAACAAAAAUUAUUAUAAGGAUUUGUGGAAUUAUUAAAAGAGAAAUGUAAAGAUUAAGAUUUAUUAAGGAGAUGUUAUUCAUAUUUAGAUUUUAGAAUUGAUGUAAAUAAAUCAGAAUUAUUAUAUAUUUAUAGGAAGAUAUAGGUAGAACAAAAGAUCAAUUAACUAAAAAAUUAAGUCCUGCGUUAUAAGAUGAAAUUGAUCUAUCUUUAAGAACAAGAAUGAUUGAUAAAAUAGAAUUAAUGAAUAAAUUCUCACCAUAAUUUAAAUAACAAUUAUUAUAUGUCAUUGAAUAAGUAACUUUCAAUCCUGAAGAUAAUAUAAUAAUAGUAAAUAUAAUUAAAGAAUAUUAUUAGGAACAUUAAAUUGAGGAUUUGGGAUUGUAUUAUAUACUCAAAGGAGAAGUUAAAGUGUAAUUCUAAGGAUCAUCUCUUGCUAAUAAUAAAAGAUCAGUCACUCGUUUACAAGAAGGAUAAGCAUUUGGAUAAUAUUCUUUUAUUUCUGGAGUACCUUCAAAUAUUAGUAUAUACAGUUGUGGAGUUACAACUCUUAUGAAACUUAAGAGAUCAGAAUUCUUAGAAAUAAUCUCAAAUUAUCCAUAAGAUAAUGAGAUUUUCUGUAUGAUGAAAGACAAUUCAUUUUAUAAUUAACAUUUAUUUGAUUGCUAUUAUUGCAAAAUCAAAGGCCAUUAUAUUGUUGAAUGUAAACACAUUUAAUAUUUCCCAUAAAGACAAAAUGUUAUUGAGAAAUAUUUAUAUAGUUUAAAAUAAGUUAGGUAAUCUUAUAAAAGAAAAAACUAAAAAUAUUUAACUAUGAAAAAUCUAUUUCAAAAUUAAGAUAAAGCUAAAUAAGUUAUUAAUAAAUAAAGUUAAGAUAUUAUUUCAGAAGAUCUUCCUGAAGCAUCAUAAUUACCUUACUCUGAAAGUAUAUCUUCAAAUUUAAUUAGAUUAAACUUAUUCUGUUAGUUAUGUUAGCAAUUCAAUGCCAUUUUAAAAACCAAGUUAAGAUUAAUAGGUUUCUAAUAGUAAUGUAGAUAGUUUAGAAUAAUUAAAUUAUGAAUAAGAAUAAUAAGAAGAUGUGACUCCACCUAUUUUAGAUUAAUCUAUAAGACGAUUAAGACACAACUCAAAUAAAACAUCUCAUAGAACUGCUGGUUUUGUUGGAAACCCUUAAAGUUAAAAUUAUUCAACUUUAGAUAAGGAUGAUAAAGAGAUUUUAUUGUAAUUACAAGAGGGAUAGAGGAAUGAAUUAAUUAAUUAAAAAUAACUAUUUUUACCAACUACUAAUAGGAGUAGUCCUAAUAAAUUGACAUUCCAAUUUUAAAAAGAUGGUCCAUCUUAAUCAACAAAUAAAUAGGAUAUUAUUAAAUAAGAUUUUAUUCAAUAAUAGUUUUCCUAUGUAAAUAUGAAAUAAUCUUAAAGAUAACCUACUAAUAGAUCACAUACAUUUACUAAUUCAUAUUCCAAAGAUAUCUCUAAUAAUCCAUCUUCUAAUUCAAGAUAAAAUAAAUCAUUAGGUUUAUCUAGUCAAACUAAGGAUAAUGUUAAAAAGACUAAUAGUGCCAAUACACAAUCAGAUGAGAAUAAAAAUAAAUAAAAGAGUCAAAGAACUGGAACAAAAUAGAGUAAUUUAGCUUAGUAAUCCUAGUUCUAAGCUAUUACUUCUCCUGAUGUAAUUGUAAAUCAAAUUUUAGAAUCAAGGAUAUUUUAUAAAUGAUGUCAUUUUUAAUAAAUUUGAAAAAAUGAAAAGUUAUAAGAUCUACUAUCCACAUAAUAAUUAUGAUCAAGUUAUCAUCAGAUAAUAAAGUUUUGCAAUUGCUGCUCUAAAUAAACAUAAAAAGCCACAUAUUUCCCCUUAUUCAAUCAAAUGUUUUGUAAUCACUAAGAUACGUAAAGUAUAGAGAUACCUUAAAUAAUGA